AUGAAAGACAGAAUAUGUAGUUUUACUGAGAAAGUUUACUUUUUAUUCCUUGCCUCCGUAUCAAUGUUCUUGGUUUUAACGCUUAUCUCGCCAUGGCAUUACUAUCAAGAAUGUAGAUUUAUCGAUUGUGUUACAACCACUUUGGGUCAAACUGAUGAAAAUGCUAUUUUAGGCAUAGAGAUUCAAGAAACGCAACCAGUUGGCUCAGCAGUUACAGACAAGGUCCGUGUGUCCUAUAACCUCGUAGCUUUCUCUUUUUUAGUGGUAUGUCACGCAUAG